AUGGGAAAGAAAACGAAAGUAGGGAAACAGCGAAAAGAUAAAUAUUAUCAACUUGCAAAGGAAACAGGUUUUCGGUCUCGAGCUGCGUUUAAGCUUAUUCAGUUAAAUAGGAAAUUUGGUUUUCUCCAAAAAUCGCGAGUAUGUAUCGAUUUAUGUGCUGCCCCUGGUGGCUGGAUGCAGGUGGCUCAUCAAAACAUGCCUCUGUCCAGUAUAGUUAUUGGUGUUGAUUUGUUUCCCAUAAAACAAGUCCCAGGCUGCAUAAGUCUUACGGAAGAUAUAACAACAGAAAAAUGUAAAGCUGCCAUUAAGAAGGAAAUAAAAACAUGGAAAGCAGAUGUUGUGCUCCACGAUGGUGCACCAAAUGUUGGUCUCAACUGGAUUCAUGAUGCUUACCAACAGUCAUGCCUUACUCUAAGUGCAAUGAAGUUGGCAUCAAAUUUUUUAAGAGAAGGGGGAUGGUUUGUUACUAAGGUAUUCAGGUCUAAAGAUUACCAUGCAUUAUUGUGGAUACUGAAACAAUUUUUUAAAAAAGUGCAUGCUACAAAGCCACAAGCUUCUCGUAAUGAGUCUUCAGAAAUUUUUGUUGUCUGUCAAGGAUACAUUGCCCCGGAUAGCAUUGAUUCUAAGCUUUUGGAUCCUAAACAUGUAUUUGAAGAUUUGGAGAUAGUAAAGAAACAACAAAAUAGUAUCUUGCAUCCUGAGAAACAGAAGAAAGCCAAGGCAGAGGGGUAUCAAGAGAAUGAUUACACAACUUAUCACAGUAUGUCAGUUACAGAAAUCUUGGAAAAAGAUGACCCAAUUGACUCCUUGCAAGGGUGUUCUGAGAUAUUAAUAGAUGACAAGGAAAUUUUAAACCAUCCUAGAACCACCACUGAAAUAAAAGAGUGCUGCAAAGAUAUAAAAGUUCUUGGAAGGAAGGAUGUAAAAUCAAUUUUAAGCUGGUUAAAGCAUAUUAAAGAUUGGAAAGCUGCACAGACUCAAGCUGAGGUAGCAAUAGAGAAAAAAGAAACCACAAAUGCAGAUGAAGAAGGUUCAGGCGAAGAAAAGGACGAGGUUGAAGCUGAAAUAGCAGAAUUACAGGAAGAAGAAAGAAAGCAGUCUAAACGAAAGAGAAAACAGCUUAAUAAACAAAGACAAAAAUUAGCUGAGAAAAUGAAUCUUAAAAUGGUGUUGAAAGGUGAUGAUGGUCCUAUUAUGGAAAGUCAUGAUAUGUUCAAACUUGCUGAUAUUAAGAACAGUGAGCAAUUGAAAAUGCUCAUUGAUCAACAACCUGACAUAGUUGUGGAUGGUAAAGAAGAUUCUGAUGAUGAAAUGAAAACAAAGGCCAAGUAUGUCAAAUAUGAUGUAGAAGCAUCCAAGUUGGAUUCUUCUGGUCUCUUCUAUAAGGACUCAGAUAGUGAAUUAGAAAUGGAAUCAGAUUCGGAAAGUGAAAAUGAGAAAGAUACUUUGGCCUUUUCAGAUUCAGAUAAUGAAACAAAGAAAAUUGACAAAAUAACCAAGCUGAAUACACUAAGAAAUAGCAAGAUUAAAAAAACUCAAUCUAUUCCCAAAAAUAAUCCUCUGCUGACUGACCUUGAUAAUACUGACCCAAUUUCAAAACGGUCAAUGAAAGCUGAGCUCUGGUUUCAAAAGGACAGCUUUAAAGACAUUGAUGAGGAAGAUGAUGAAGGUGUUGACUUGGACAAAUUAGCUGAAACUUAUAGAGAAAAAGGAAAGAAAGUGAAAGAUCUGUCCUCUGAAGAUUCUUUAGAUGCAACUAAAACUGGUAAAAAGAGAAAGCAUGAUGACACAGAGAGUUCUGAUGGUGAUACAACCGACAGCGACUAUGAUGUUGAAGAUAAUGUUUCACCUGCUACAAACAAAUCAGGAGCAAAGACUAGCAAGAAAGACGGUUUCGAAGUUGUUGCUCAAGAUCCUGAAUUGAAAAGAUUGAAGAAGUCUAUAAAGAUGGACGCUGAAACGUUAGCCUUGGGUACAAUGAUAGCAACUUCGAAAAAGUUCAAGCGGGACUUAAUUGACGAUGGCUGGAAUCGAUAUGCUUUUAAUGAUAAACAUUUACCCGAUUGGUUUGUUGAAGAUGAAAAGAAACACAUGAAGAAGGAAGUUAUUGUUCCCGAGAAAUACACUGACGAAUACAAGAAUAGAUUACAAGAUAUAAAUGCAAGACCAAUUAAAAAGGUUGUUGAAGCUAAGGCAAGGAAGAAGAAGCGUAUGAUCAAAAAGAUGGAACGCGCCAAGAAGAAGGUCGAAGCGGUUAUGGAAAACGCCGAUAUGUCUGAACGAGAGAAGGCGCAGCAGGUACGACACUUGUAUAAGAAGGCACAAACUGACGGCAAAAAGAAGAUUACUUAUGUCGUCGCGAAAAAGCACACUACAGCGAAGCGCAUGAAGCGACCAACGGGCGUCAAGGGGCAAUAUAAGGUUGUUGAUCCUCGCAUGAAGAAAGAUUUACGCGCGCAAAAGGCGAAGGAAAAAACAAAAGGCCGCGGUAAGAAAGCCCAUGGAAAUAAAACGAAGCAUGCCAAGAAUAAAAGGGCUAAAGCUAAAUAAACAAUAUUUUACUAUGUUUAAGCUAUAAAUGUAUGAAUUUAUUUCCAUGUAUCUAAUAAAAAAUUAAC